AUGAGCUCACGCAGGCACCAUAGGAGCAAUAGCACUCUUUCCACUUCAUUAGCUUUCCCACUACUAAUCCAACCCGAGUUGGAUUCAAUGGAAAGCAGCCUCCAAGAAAUUCUAGAAGAAAUAACCAAAACAGAUCGAAGAUACUUACUCUGUCACUACCUGAGCAAAAAUUUUAGCUUUGCUUUAUAAAACACUAUACAAUAUUUUUUUUUAAUUUAUUAAUCACUAUCCUAAAUUUGGAAAGUAAAAAUUAAAAAAACUUAUAAAAUCAUGUUUUUUAAUGUAAGCUAACAUAUUAGCUAGAAAUUUCAUUAUAGUAGUUAUCAUUAUAUACCAAAAUAUUCUGUUAAAAAUAUUUAUUAAAAAUUUUUCACAGAGGAUUGAAUUUCCCAAAAGAUAGGCUGUUAUGAUGGCUUUGCUUGCUCAUGGAUGGUGGAAGAGUUAGGCAGCCUCAUUGGUGGUUCUAUUUUGGCAGUAGUAGGCUUUAUGAUCUUUACCAGCGCAACUAUAGUAGCUGGCAUCUUAGGCGGUGCAAUCGGUUUUGGAAUUGGUCAUGUAAUUGGAAGAAGAUGGAAAAGAAAUAAAGUCAUCAAAUCAGCUCUUACCAAAGAUAUGCAAUAUCAACUAAGACUCAGCUGUAUGCUUAUAUAUUUAUCUACCCUUAAAAAAACAAAAAUCCCAAUAAGUGAGUACUCAGGAAUUUUAGAAAAAGCAAUUGAUGAAUUCAGACCUGCUUUUGUGCUACAAUUACAUAAUCCUGCCUUUAUGAAAGAAGUCCAAAAGCUAAGAAAAUUUCUAAGAACAAGUGUAGCCCACACAGCUCUUCUAAAUUCUGCUUAUGAAAUAGCUCAUUCCAUUGAAUUUGGGAUAAACAUUCAUUUCACCUCUUCAAGAAUCCGAAGAAUCCUAAUCCCAGUUCUCCAACUGCUUAAAGACCCUAUCGCAAAAGAAGGCCAUGAACUCGAAAUUGUCAGAAGAAUUGAAGAAAUUCUUGCCAACGACAAAACUAAAGCAAUUUUAAAAAAAUCCCACCUACAAGACGAAGACAUUAUAGGGAUGAUUCUUCCUUUUCCAGCACUUUCUUGCAAACUCAUAGGGAAAAAUGUCCAAACUUGUAAAGCCAUUUCUGAUAUAGAGCAUUUCUUAGAAUACAAAACGUCUAAAGCUGAUCAGAACAAAAGCUGCGAAAACAAAAAGUACUUUGAAAAACUAAUGUUCAGAAGAUCAAGCUUGCCAGGAUACUCUACUCAUGAUCCCCAUUAUAAGCUGAACUAUAAAGAUUUGCUUAGCUUGGAAAUUAUUAGUAAACUUUCUGCUGCUAACGAAACUUUUAAUCCUCCGCUUUUCCAGCAAGAUGAGACUGCUGAUGAUUUUGAAGUCGGCUCAGUUAGUGAAGAUGUUAAUUGCCAAAUAAAAAUUGAGUUCCAGGCUGAUUCCCCAGGGGACAUUAAUUUUAAUUCACCAGAAAAGUGUCAGGCUGAUUCUCCAGCAAAAAUCCAUUUUAAUUCGCCAGAGAAAACCCCAUCAUCCAGCAUGAUCCCAGUGCCAGUACAUCUACCAUUUGAAGGCAGUGCAGUUGAUAUGGAUGAGGACUCAGAUCAUGACGAGGACAAAGGAGAAAUUGAAAUGAUUCAAAAGGAAGAAAGGUAUGAAAAAGUGGAAAAAAUAGAAAGUCCUGGAAGUAAUUCAGCAAGAAGCUCAUCAAAAUUAUCAGAUAAAGAGGAAAGAAAAGAAAGCGUAGAGAGCAGCCUUAAAGAGACUUUUAAAAUUGAUAUGAGGAUUCAUAAGUAUCAAGACUGCUUUGAUAAGUUGUUAGAAAUUGAGAAAGAGCCUGUAGGUGAUAAAGUGUGGAGACAUUGUGUAAAUAAGCCUGGAACACAAGUUUAUCAGAGGAAGGCUGAAAAUAGCCCAGUUUGCAUGAUAAAAGGGUUUUGUGAUAUAGAGUACUCAACUGAGACUGUAGUAAAAGCAAUAUGGGAUACCUCCAUCAGAACCCAAUGGGACCAUUUGUUUCACGAAUUUCGUAUUGUUGCCUCCAGAGAUGAUGCAGAGUUGCUGUAUUAUAUGAUAAAAACCCCAUUUGGAGUCACAAGAAGAGAUUGGCUACAAAGAAGAAUAAUGAUCAGGGACUAUCCAGAGCCAAACAUGAUUAUUCUUCACUUUGUCAGUGUUGAUGAUCCAGCUAUGCCACCUAGAAAAGGAGUAAUAAGAGCUGAGACAGCUGUUUCUGGAUAUAGAAGUUUCUUUUCAAUAGCGCGAUAAGGCGCAUUCCUAGGUUUUACCGGAUGAUCUUAAACAUAUGAAAACUUGCUAUUCUUUAUUCAUGGGGGAGAAAAAUAGCCUAAAUAAAGAAUUCUGCCUGAUCAAUCUCGAGAACUUGAAGAGAAGCUGUGCGAAAAAUUGACAUUUUGGUUCGUCAAAUGAAUCUGACGAGCCAAUUCUAGCCAGCACUUGAAAUGAAAAAUGGUAGUUGCCAGAAUUUUAUUAAUUUUUUGAUGGCGAGUAUGAUCAGAAUUUUAAUAAAUGGCACAGGAUCAGACAACUUAUUCCUUUCAAACCGAUCUAAUAAUUCCUUUGGUAAAUAAUUACAACUGCUUUAUAAAAGCCAAAGUUUGUGCUAAGCGCUUGCUCUUCUUUACGAAAUUACUAAUGACUCAUAUGGUUUUCGUUAGAAAAUUAAAAUGGAGUUAAUAAUUAAAAACUUGUUGAUCGAGUUGUGUUUUUGCGGGAGGAUAGAUUUCUAAGCAGAUGAUACCAAUUUAAUUAUGAUCAACUGCUUUAUAAAAGCCAAAGUUUGUGCUAAGCGCUUGCUCUUCUUUACGAAGUUACUAAUGACUCAUAUGGUUUUCGUUAGAAAAUUAAAAUGGAGUUAAUAAUUAAAAACUUGUUGAUCGAGUUGUGCUUUUGCGGGAGGAUAGAUUUCUAAAUAAAUUAUGCCAAUUUAAUUAUGAAUAACUGCUUUAUAAAAGCCAAAAUUUGUGCUAAGCGCUUGCUCUUCUUUACGAAAUUACUAAUGACUCAUAUGGUUUUCGUUAGAAAAUUAAAAUGGAGUUAAUAAUUAAAAACUUGUUGAUCGAGUUGUGUUUUUUUGCGGAAGGAUAGAUUUCUAAACAAAUGAUGCCAAUUUAAUUAUGAUUAAAUGCUUUAUAAAAGCCAAAGUUUGUGCUAAGCGCUUGUUGCUCUUUAAGAACUUUACUAAUGAUAUUAAAAUUUUAUUCUUAUAGUAUUAUUUUUAAAUUUUUUUCAAAUGUUAAAAUUUUAAAAUAAUUAUAUCAAUAUAAAUAAAUUUUUUAUAAAAAAAAAUUUUAUAAAAUAAAAUAAUAAUUUUUCAAAAUUUAUUAUAUCUUUUAUAAAAUGGGACUUUAAUUUUAACAAUAUUUUUUAAGUGGGCUGUCUGAUCCUGUGCCAUUUAUUAAAAUUCUGAUCAUACUUGCCAUCAGAAAAUUGAUAAAAUUCUGGCAACUAUCAUUUAUAAUUUCAAGUACCGUCCAGAAUUGCCUCGCCAGAUCCAUUUGACGAACCAAAAGUGUAAAUUUGCAAAUAGCCUCUCUUUAAGUUCUCGAGAUUGAUCAGCCAGAAACUCUUAUUUUUUCACUGUAUGACUCUCUUACAAAGAAGGAACAUCAAAUUUUCAUGUUCCAAAGACCUUUUAGUCAAACCAGGAAGCACGCCUCAUCGCGCUAUUGAAGAGAAAGUUCUAUAUAUUCUUCGGCCAAAAACUGCAAGAAGCUGCACAGUCACCAUUAUUUCUCAAAAUGAUGUAAAAGGACUGGUUCCAAAAAGCAUUGUUAACAGCAUGGCUUCAAGAGCUCCAUUAGAUUGGGUUAAAAAUAUGAAAAGAGGCUGUCAAAUGGUCGCAGGGUACUAA